AUGCAGCUGGAACUUCAGUGCAGUCCAAUGCAGAGUGAUGGAAUUGACAGGUUUCGAAUGCAGUCACUGCCACAGGUGGACGAUUUCGAGCAUUUCACAGAGAACGUUGCCAUGGACUACAAGUUUGAUUUGUAUGCUCCCCAAGAUGUUCAGAUGUCAGAUGCAUUGCAACCACAUACAACAGAUGCUCAGCGUUCAAGUGAAAUUCCAGUGACAAUCGAUGCAACUGGAGGUGUUCAGUCUGCAGGGGUGACGUCCUAUGAGCUCAUACGAGGGCAUGCCUAUCGAGGACGUUUGUGCCAAUUUGCAGAGCCAGUCAUGUGCUUUGUUGGGGACACCAAUCAACACAAGGGCAUCAUACCUGGAAUUGACGAUGAGGCAGCCCCAGAUCCUGAUGAACUUGAUGAGGUUGAUGCUACAGCAGGCACUGGAUCAGCAGUCUUGCAAGAUGGUGAUGGAACAGAGCUGCAAACUUUUCCAGUUACACCGUUGAUUCCUUUGGCUCCACGCACACCCAUGCCAGAACCAACACAAGAGGUUCAGGCACCAAGGAGGACACCACCUCCACCUACAGCAGUGGUUUCAGCGCCAGUUGAGGGUGCUGAGCAGGCGGGGCCAAUGCAGAUGGACUCCACAGUUGCCACACGUGUUGCAGAUACAGCUGUUGAGGGAGAACCAGAAGCAAAAAGACAAAGAACAACAGUACGACGCAUUGGAGAUGAAGAACUGCAACAUGUUGACAUGGACGUUGAUGAACUCUUUGAAAGCGUUUCUCAGGAGACAUUUUUCACUGAGUACUUUGGCAAUGAGGAUACAACAGAUGAUGAUCCUUUCAUGGACGAUGAUUGUUUGUGGCAGCCGUUUUCUGAAUUGGAGCCAUGCUUGGACCCAGAGCUUCUUGCAAAGAUCGAUGAAUAUGGUGACAAAGUUGAAAUCAUGAGGUUGACUUCAAUGCAGGUGCUCACAACUCCAGAGCAAUACAAAGGUGAGUGUGGCAAACCUCUUUCAGCAAAGUUUGUGCGUACGUGGAGAAAGAAAACGCGCAAAGAAUAUGACUCAGUUGGAAACUUGGUGAGUGAAGGACCUGCUUGGAUGAGACGUUCCAGGUUAGUUGCAAGAGAGUUCAAUUGGCUGGAAUCAAGGGAGGACACUUUCAGUCCUGCAACAAGCUCAGCAGUGGUCAAGCUGUUGCCAGCCUUAGCCAUGUCUGAUGGCUUCAUACCCAAUGCAGUGCUUGGAACGUUGGACAUCAGCGAUGCCUUUUUGCAGGUGCCUCAGAGUUUGCCAAGAGCUGUUACAAUCAAUGGUUGCUCACACAUCAUUUUACGAUGUUUGCCUGGACAGCGCGAUGCAUCACGGUUGUGGUUCAACUACUUUGUCGGACGUGUUCAACACCAUGUGGAUGCUGUGUCUUGCAAAGAACAGCCUUGCAUUUUGCGUGUCAAGAACUUUGGAGUGCUUUUACUGCAUGUGGAUGAUGUGCUUUUCAUGGGUGAUGAAAGGUGGCUCAGGGAUACUCUCAUUCCCAAACUGGAAAGUGAGUUCAAGAUGACAUACACCAUCAUUUCAAGAGAGACUGGUGGUGGCUUUGAGUUUCUGAAACGUUACCAUGAGAUUGCGCCUGAGUACACAUCACUCACCGUUCACCCAGAGGCCAAGCAUGUUUGCACUUUGUUUGACCGUUUUACUGCAGCAAAUGGAAAACCACCAAAGCUGUUCAAGACUCCUUGCGUGUCCUCUCCAAGCUAUGCCCCAGAUGAAAUGCAACCUUUGUCAGAUUCCCUCUCUGCAGAAUACCGUUCCUUGGUUGGGAUAGCAAUGUACAUGGCACAAGAGCGUUUUGAUAUACAGUAUGCAACAAAGACGCUGGCUUCAGGCCUCAAGGACCCAACUUGGAAAGCAUGGUUGAGUUUGGGAAGACUGAUAGGAUACCUGCGUUACAGUGAAAGCUUUGCUUUGAGAAUGGAAAAAUGUGAGAAAGGGCAGAGUUUCAUGGAAACAGUGCUUGGAGUGGAUACCCAGCGUAGCAGAAACAAUUUGGAAGUGUACACCGACAGUGACUGGGCAGGUGCAGGUGACAUGAAAUCGACUUCAGCUGCAAUUCACACACUGAAUGGGCUUGUGAUUUUCAGUACAUCACGCUCACAGAAAUGCAUCAGCUUGUCUUCAACAGAAGCUGAAUGGUACUCAGCAAGCUCAGGUGUUUGUGAUGCUUUGUACUUGCACCACAUCGUGUCAUUCAUCACUGAUGACGAUGUGGACCCACUGACACUUCAUGUUGACAAUUCAGCUGUGAAGAUGCUGUCUUUGAAACAAGGGGCUGGCAGAUUGCGUCACAUCAAGGGCCGACUUCUUUGGCUUCAAAGCAAGGUUGCCAGUCAUGAACUCAGAAUCAAACAGGUGAAAACAAUUUUCAACGUUUCAGAUGUGAACACAAAACCGUUGCAGAAAGACAGGUUUCUAGGUCUUUUGUUUUUGCUUGGAUUCACCUCAGAUGGCAAUGAAGUUGGUGCAGAUGAGUUUGCGCGUUUGCAGUCAAAGGAGCUGAUGAAAAACCAAAUCAAGGUUGUCUCUCGUGCGUUGACAGAUGAAACUGGAAUGGAUGAAACAUACCAAAGGAAACAAUCUGGUGUGAAUGCUUUGGCUAAGCAAGUCCUGAGAGUUCUUUCAGUGUUCAGCUUGGUCAACAUGACAGAAGGACUUCAAGUUUCGAGCUCAGCGUUUUCCUUUGAGUUUUGCGGUGAUGUCUACAUGUCUCCAAUUUCAGUUGCCAUGUCAUUUGCGUGGAUGAUUUCAUGGAUGUGCCAGAUGAAAUUUGCACUUGCAGUGAUGCUACUUUUCAGCUGCAUCAACGUCGCAGCUGGGAGUGGAGAAGGAACCAGCAGCCAAGCCUUGAGCCUAGGUUUGAGCCCAAUGGUUUACAUGUGCGUUUUCAUCGGAGUGAUUUGCUUUGCAGUUUCCAGAGUUGCAAGGCAUUUUGAAGGCAGAUCAGAUAGCGAUGAAGUGAAACACUUUUGCAAGAGCCAGACGCUGAAACAGAACCAAAUGAGGAGCAAACUUUCAAUGGUGUGA